CAAUUGGCUGGGUUGCUAGGGCUUUACAUCGCGUGUGACUGGGCAGAUCAGUUUGUGUUCCUGUUCAAAGAUGGGCCCUACACAGUGGGACUUUCCUGUGGAGUUAUGCUGCCGUCCUAUGGCCUUUGUGGCCCUUUCUGGUUUAGAUGUAACUUUUAACGCAGUUCACAGAGCUAUCUGGGAUGCUUUCUGUGCCAACCGAAGGGCAGAUCGUGUACCCAUCUCAUUCAAGUUUCUUCCUGGUGACCAUGAGUAUCCAAAAUGCAGAACAAAGAGAACAUCUUAUGAGUGGUACAUCCCAAAAGGAAUUCUAAAGACAGGCUGGAUGAACAAGCAUCUAAAUCUGGUGCCUGCCUUGGUUGUGGUGUUUUAUGAACUUGAUUGGGACGAGGCCCAAUGGAAGGAGAAGCAGUCAGAAUGUGCAACCAGAGUUGAAAUUGUCAGGCAGAGCCUACAAGUGAGAAACACAAAAGUUGCUGUGGUUUUAAUUCAAAAAAAGACUCCUUUACCACCAGGGGAAGACAUGAUUGCUUCAGAGAGGGCUGCUGCUUUGUGCAAUGCCUGUGACCUGUCUGGCAAAUCUCUGUUUGUACUGCCACACACUGAUCACCUUGUUGGAUACAUUAUUAGAUUAGAGAAUGCAUUUUAUGAACAUGCACAAACCUAUUACUAUACAGAAAUCCGGAGAGUAAAAUCACACAAAGAGUUCCUGAAUAAAACCACCCACCAACUGUUGUUUGUAAGACAUCAGUUCAAAAUCGCAUUCUUCAGUGAGCUAAAGCAGGAUACACAGAAUGCCUUGAAAAACUACAGGACAGCUUACAAUCUGGUUCAUGAACUCAGGUCUCAUGAAACAAAUAUGCUGGAGAUAAAAACUAUGGCUGGUUUUAUAAACUACAAGAUAUGCCGCCUGUGUUUCCAGCACAACACUCCACUUGAUGCCAUUGCACAGUUCAGGAAGCACAUUGAUUUAUGUAAGAAGAAAAUUGGUAGUGCUGAGCUGUCAUUUGAGCAUGCAGCCUGGAUGUCUAAACAGUUCCAGGCAUUUGGAGAUAUAUUUGAUGAAGCUAUAAAGCUGGGCCUAAAUGCAAUUCAGACACAAAAUCCUGGAUUUUACUAUCAGCAGGCAGCUUACUAUGCACAGGAGCGCAAACAGCUUGCUGCUCAACUCUGCAAUCAUGAGCCUUCUGUUGCAUAUCCAAAUCCUGAUCCACUUGAGACGGUCAAUGGAGUUCUUGAUUUCUAUGGACAGAGAUCCUGGCGGCAAGGCAUCCUUAGUUUUGAUUUGUCAGACCCAGAAAAGGAGAAGGCUGGAAUUCUUGCACUUCAAUUAAGAGAAAGUGGAGUCAUACAUUCGGAGCUCAUUAUUAGCCUUUUGAGUAAUGCUGUAGCACAGUUUAAGAAGUACAAGUGUCCCAGGAUGAAGAGCCACCUCAUGGUUCAGAUGGGAGAAGAAUAUUACCAUGCUAAAGACUACACCAAAGCACUAAAGCUGUUGGACUAUGUUAUGUGUGACUAUCGCAGUGAGAGAUGGUGGACCCUGCUCACUUCUAUUCUGACAACUGCCCUUAAAUGUGCAUAUCUCAUGGCACAGCUGAAAGAUUAUAUUACCUAUUCCCUGGAGCUGCUCGGAAGAGCAUCAACCCUGAAAGAGGACCAGAAGUCAAGAAUCGAGAAGAAUUUAAUUAAGGUGUUAAUGAAUGAGAGUCCAGAACCUGAACCUGAGUGUGAUGUCUCCAUGGUGAAGACAGCACAAAGGCUGUGGGCGGAUAGGGUUUCCUUGGCAGGAAGCAACUUGUUUACCAUUGAGGUGCAAGAAUUUGUACCAUUUGUGCAAUGCAAGGCAAAGUUUCUGUCGCAGAGCUUUCAUGUUGAUUCCCCUAUUGAGAUGCAUGUGUAUCUGAAGACCGAGCCCC